AUGGCCGUGGUUCAGUUUGGAAGCGAAGAUGAGUCGAACGUAUCGAAGCCGUCGAAGCGGAUGCGAUGGGCAACGCAACGCCGUACCGGUCAACAGGGCUCGAAAAAGCGAAGCUCCAUCGUCGAUAAACUCCACCAGAGGGUAGGAUCCAAGGAUGAGAAGCGACGGUCCAACGCCAGCAGCCUUCCAAAUGGGAGUGCGGCGUCUGACGUCUCGGAAGAGGCGGAAAGACGACGAAUAUAUGUCAACGUGCCACCACCUCCCCAUCAGAGAGACGAGAACGGCAAUUCGACGAUAAGUUUCGGACGCAACAAGAUUCGAACAGCCAAGUACACUCCUCUCAGCUUCCUCCCCAAGAACUUGUACUACCAGUUCCAUAACAUGGCAAACGUCUACUUCCUGUUCACCAUCAUCCUCAGUAUUUUCUCCUUUUUCGGUGCUAGCAACCCUGGCCUCGGAGCCGUGCCCUUGAUCUCCAUACUUACGGUUACUGCGGUAAAAGACGGCAUCGAGGACUGGCGAAGGACGGUAUUGGAUAACGAUUUGAACAAUUCGCCCAUUCACCGCUUGGUGGGCUGGAACAAUGUCAAUUCUACCGAGGAUAAUGUGUCAAUGUGGCGUCGGGCCAAAAAGGCGACAACGAGGGGCGUACGACGGGCCUGGAAGUGGUUCAAGCGCGUUAGAAAGGGCGAAAAGGCCGAGCCCAAGGAGCAGGUGGAAGAUCCUCCACGAAUGUCCAUAGCUACCCAACGGGCAGACUUCAGGAAUUCGACCUACUCGUAUAGACCAUCCUACCAGGCCGAUCGACCUGAGAACGGGAACGAGGGCAUCCAGAUGACCCCUCUUCCGUCGCCGGGCGCCAAUGGAAACGGGAACUCCGACCAGCAGCAUACCAUUGCCUCCCCCCACGAUCCAUCUAAAAAGGCGCCUCCUGUCAAGUUCUAUGGCAGCCUUAUUAAUAAGGGCUGGCAGCCAUCCGGAUCGGCCAGGUUCAAACGCGAUUACUGGAAAAAUGUAGAAGUGGGUGACUUUAUCCGAAUAUAUAACGGAGAGCAGAUUCCUGCCGACGUGGUAGUUUUGUCUACUUCAGACCCAGACGGUGGCUGCUACGUGGAAACUAAGAACCUCGAUGGAGAAACGAACCUGAAAGUAAGACAGGCCCUUCACUGCGGACGCGCCGUGAAACAUGCGAGAGACUGCGAAGGUGCCCAAUUCGUGAUCGAAAGCGAGCAACCUCAUCCCAAUCUUUACCAAUACAGCGGUGCGGUCAAGUGGUCGCAAGCUAACCCAGAGUAUCCGGAAGCCCCCGAAAAGGAGAUGGUAGAGUCAAUCACUAUUAACAACGUCUUGCUUCGAGGCUGUAACCUGCGAAACACGGAAUGGGUCCUUGCAGUUGUCAUCUUUACCGGAUUGCAAACGAAAAUUAUGCUCAACACGGGUAUAAGCCCCCGAAAAACCGCCCGACUGGCAAAGGACCUCAACUGGAACGUCCUGUACAAUUUCAUCAUACUUUUUGCCAUGUGCCUUGCGUCUGGUAUAGGACAAGGCGCUACAUGGGCUCAGGGCAACAAUUCCUUGGACUUCUUCGAGUUUGGAUCUUACGGCGAAGCGCAGGCCGGCAUGCAGCGACGAGAAGGAAUAAAUGUGGAGGAAGUGGGCAGGAAGGCAAAGGAGGAAAUAGCACAGUCCCGCGAAUCGAUGCUUAAGCAACUCAGGGCGAUCCACGACAACCCAUAUCUUCACGACGAUGAGCUGACAUUCGUGUCGUCAACUUUUGCCUCUGACCUUAUCGGAGCAUCUGGCGAGGACCAGAAGAAGGCCGUCCGGGAAUUCAUGAUCUCUCUUGCUUUGUGCCAUACCGUCAUUACAGAACGCACCCCAGGCGACCCGCCGAGAAUCGAUUUCAAAGCGCAAUCUCCAGAUGAGGCUGCCCUUGUUGCGACUGCACGAGACUGCGGCGAUAUGGAAUUGAUUGUCUUCAAUAUCGACCCAGAAGAUAUAGAUGCCGCUACCACCGAGCUAGAUAGCCACCUCUCAAGCUUUGGCCUCACCGGCUCCGACGAAGAGCUUCUCGCUGCUCAAAAGAAUCAUGAGCCGCCAGCUUCAACUCAUGCCCUCGUUAUUGACGGAGAGACACUGAAAGUGAUGAUAGGCGAUAAGCUGAAACAAAAGUUCCUCUUGCUGUGCAAGCAAUGCAAAUCAGUCAUCUGCUGCAGAGUUAGUCCUGCUCAAAAGGCAGAGGUUGUAAAGAUGGUGAAAGACGGCCUGAAGGUGAUGGCUCUCUCCGUCGGCGAUGGAGCCAACGAUGUUUCUAUGAUCCAAGAAGCAGAUGUCGGCGUUGGUAUUGCGGGUGAAGAAGGAAGACAAGCUGUCAUGUCGUCUGAUUACGCUAUCGGGCAAUUCCGAUUCCUACAACGUCUAAUUCUCGUUCAUGGACGAUGGUCGUAUCGACGUUUGGCAGAGACCCUCGCAAACUUCUUUUAUAAGAAUCUUGUUUGGACGUGUGCGCUCUUCUGGUAUUCUAUCUACAAUAACUUCGAUAGUUCAUAUCUCUUCGAAGGCACUUACAUUAUCUUGGUCAAUCUUGCGUUUACUUCGUUGCCCGUCAUUUUAAUGGGUAUCCUGGAUCAGGAUGUUGACGAUAAAGUAUCGCUUGCUGUUCCACAGCUUUACAAGACGGGCAUUGAGCAGAAGGAGUGGACUCGCACCAAAUUCUGGCUUUACAUGUUUGAUGGGCUGUAUCAAUCGGUGAUAUGCUACUUCAUGACACAUUUACUCUUCCGCCCAGGUCAGAACGUCACCGAGAAUGGCUUAGAUCUCGGCGAUCGGACAAGAAUGGGAAUUUAUGUCGCGUCUUGCGCAAUCGUAUGCAGCAACACCUACGUUUUGCUAAAUACCUACCGCUGGGACUGGUUGACCGUUCUAAUCAACGUAUGCAGCUCGCUCCUCAUUUGGUUCUGGACCGGUGUAUAUUCCGCCACUACAUCGUCGGGCCAAUUCUACAAAGCCGCAGCUGAGGUAUAUGGGAGUCUUUCCUUCUGGGCACUCACGUCCUUGACAGUUAUCAUGUGUCUGGGCCCGCGAUUCACGAUCAAGGCAAUGCAGAAGCUAUAUGCCCCUCGUGAUGUCGAUAUCGUUCGAGAGCAAGUGACACUUGGGAAGUACAAGUACCUGGAAAAAUAUGAAGCUUACAUCCCGCCAUCGCACGCAUUCACUGCGCCCUCCACGAGUGAUGUGAAACCCACCAAGGUAGUCCCGAAGCGAGAUCCGAAUCAGCCUGAAGAUGAACGCCCGAUAUACCCCCCUUCAGUUGCUCCAACUGCAACGACCCAUAACCCGCGCAGCCAGAACGGUAGCGAUACAACGGCAUAUACCGCAAGCCUAGACCUUCGACCUCCAGCCCACCAAUCUCUAGAACGUGAGCGGGAGCCACGAGAGCCCCGUGUCAGGCCGUCAAUAGACCGAUGUAGAUCCUCGAUGGACCGGGUCCGGUCAAGUUUCGAAGCCAGCAGCGAUUUCACCUCCGCGGCAAUGUUAGCCCGCAUCGAAUCUAGCCAUGCUAGGCCCGAUCAGAACGGUCAUCCUGCGAUACAGGAGCACUAA